GUGGGAAUGCAUUUAGUGGCUUUAUAUGCAACUUGACCUAAUUAUCAAUUAUGUGAAUUAUGAACUAUAUAUAUAUUGCGUCUUGGCAUGUUCACAUCCGUGACAUGAUCCCUUCAAUCUAUAUCUUCUGCGCAUAUACAGCAUAUAUAUAUAUAAACAUAUGACCCGUGUGUAUAUAGUAUAGAUAAUUCUCUCAUAAUAAAUUCUCACCAUUUUCAACUCAUCUUCUAAACCAUGACGUCACUCUCAGAGACCAUUUUGAUCUUAACUCUCAUCAUCUUCUUCUUCUUCUCGGGCUUUUCACUUGCGAAACAGAGCUUUAAACCAGAGAUUGAAGCUUUACUAUCCUUCAAGAAUGGCAUUUCCAACGACCCUUUGGAGAUAUUAUCGGAUUGGACCACCACCGGUUCGAUACGACACUGCAAUUGGACCGGAAUCACUUGCGAUCGUACCGGUCACGUUGCCUCGAUUUCCUUGCUGGAGAAUCAACUUGGAGGUGUUCUGUCUCCAGCCAUAGCAAAUCUCACCUAUCUCCAGGUUCUUGAUCUCAGUUCCAAUAAUUUUUCUGGCGAAAUACCGGCUGAAAUCGGGAAACUAGGCGAGCUUAACCAGCUCGUUCUGUUCUCAAAUUAUUUCUCUGGUUCGAUUCCUUCUAGCAUUUGGGAGCUUAAGAAUAUUGUGUAUCUUGAUUUGAGAUUGAAUUUGUUGAGCGGUGAUGUUCCUAAGGCACUCUGCAAAACUAAAUCUUUGGAAUUAGUAGGACUCGGGAACAACAACUUAACCGGAAAUAUACCAGAAUGCUUAGGAGAUUUGGUUCACCUCGACAUGUUUGUAGCAGGCCCAAACCGGUUAAGUGGUUCGAUUCCGGUAUCAAUUGGUACUUUGGAAAAUUUGUCGGGUUUAGACCUGAAUGGUAACCAAUUAACCGGUAAAAUACCGAGAGAAAUAGGAAAUCUCUCGAAAUUACAGGUUCUUGGUUUAUUUGAUAACCUGUUAGAAGGAGAAAUACCGGCUGAGAUCGGAAACUGCACGAGGUUGGUUCAACUUGUCCUGUAUAAUAACCAGUUAACCGGGAGAUUACCAGCUGAAUUAGGGAACUUGGUUCAGCUGGAAGAACUCGGGUUAUACGGGAACAAACUGAAUUCUUCUAUUCCAUCCUCAUUGUUUCGGUUAACGCGGUUAACCAGUUUGGGAUUAUCAGAAAACCAGUUGGUCGGACCAAUUUCGGAAGAGAUUGGUUUCCUCAAGUCACUUGAAGUCCUUACGCUUCAUUCCAACAACUUAACAGGAGAGUUUCCACAGUCCAUCACAAACUUGAGGAACUUGACAGUGAUAACGAUGGGGUUCAAUAACAUUUCCGGUGAGCUCCCGGCGGAUCUAGGGCUUCUUACAAACCUUCGGAACCUCUCCGCGCACAACAAUCUUCUUACCGGACCAAUACCUUCUAGCAUAAGUAACUGCACCGGUCUUAAAAUCUUGGACUUGUCUUACAACCAGAUGACUGGCAAGAUUCCGAGGGGUUUAGGCCAGACGAAUCUUACGUUUGCUUCCCUUGGGGUGAAUCAGUUCACCGGCGAAAUUCCAGAUGAUCUAUUUAACUGUUCAAACAUGGAAACUCUGAAUUUGGCGCGGAACAACUUAACAGGAACGUUCAAGCCAUUAGUUGCAAAGCUUCAGAAACUCCGGAUGUUGCAGCUGUUUUCUAACUCUCUCACUGGAACAAUUCCUAGAGAGAUUGGGAGUCUGAAGGAGCUGAAUCGCUUGCAACUUCACACUAAUCAUUUCACAGGAAAGAUCCCCAAGGAGAUAGCAAAUCUCACCAUGCUUCAGGGGCUUGAGAUGGAUACAAACGAACUCGAAGGUCCGAUUCCUGAAGAAAUGUUUGAUAUGAAGCAACUCUCAGUGCUCGAGCUAUCCAACAACAAGUUCUCAGGUCCGAUUCCUGAAUCGUUCUCGAAGCUCGACGCUCUUACCGACUUGGGUCUUCACGGAAACAAGUUCAACGGGUCUAUCCCUACAAGCCUCAAGUCGCUUUCGCAUCUCAACACACUCGAUAUCUCCGACAAUCUUCUCACCGGAACUAUCCCUAAAGAGCUGAUAUCUUCGAUGAGAAACUUGCAGUUUACCCUCAACUUCUCAAACAAUCUACUGACAGGAGCCAUUCCCAAUGAGCUUGGAAAGCUAGAAAUGGUUCAAGAAGUCGACUUUUCGAACAAUCUCUUGUCCGGGUCCAUUCCAAGAUCUUUACAGGCCUGCAAAAACGUGAUCUUGCUGGAUUUCUCGCGGAACAAUCUCUCGGGUCAGAUCCCAGGUGAAGUCUUUCAACAAGGAAGCAUGGAUAUGAUCAAAAGCUUGAACCUUUCGAGAAACAGUUUCUCUGGUGGAAUCCCUGAAAGCUUUGGGAAGAUGACGCAUUUAGUCUCUCUGGAUCUGUCCAGUAACAAUCUCACCGGUGAAAUUCCCGAGAGUCUUGCCAAUCUCUCGACUCUGAAACAUCUCAAGCUUGGUUCAAACCACCUCAAAGGCCAUGUUCCUGAAUCCGGUGUCUUCAAGGACAUCAACGCAUCUGAUAUAAUGGGAAACACAGAUCUCUGCGGCAUCAAGAAGCCUCUCAAGCCAUGUACGAUCAAGAAGAAGUCAAGCCACUUCUCCAAGAGAACUGCAAUCAUCGUGAUUGUUCUUGUUUCAGCAGCAGUUCUUCUCCUUGUACUCCUUCUUGUUCUGAUUCUCACCUGUCGCAAGAAGAAGGAGAAAAAGGUUGAAAACUCAUCAGAGUCUUCAAUGCCGGAUUUGGACUCAGCUCUGAAGCUAAAGAGAUUCGACCCAAGAGAGCUAGAGCUAGCGACAGAUUCUUUCAACAGUGACAACAUCAUCGGUUCAAGCAGCUUAAGCACAGUGUACAAAGGCCACUUAGAAGAUGAAACAGCGAUUGCAGUAAAAGUAUUGAACCUGAAGCAAUUCUCUGCGGAAUCAGAUAAGUGGUUCUACACAGAAGCCAAAACACUGAGCCAGUUAAAGCAUCGGAACCUGGUGAAGAUCUUAGGGUUCGCUUGGGAGAGCGGGAAAAUGAAGGCGUUGGUGCUUCCAUACAUGGAGAACGGAAGCUUGGAGGAUGCGAUUCACGGCUCUGGCUCGCCGAUCGGAGCUUUCUCAGAGAGAAUCGAUCUCUGUGUCGAUAUCGCGAGCGGAAUCGAUUAUCUUCAUUCUGGGUACGGAUUCCCAAUCGUUCACUGCGAUUUGAAGCCGGCGAAUAUACUCCUCGACGGCGAUCGAGUCGCUCACGUCAGCGAUUUCGGGACUGCUCGAAUUCUAGGGUUACGCGAAGAUGGAAGCACCACAGCUUCUACUUCAGCUUUCGAAGGCACAAUUGGGUACUUAGCUCCAGAGUUCGCUUAUAUGAGGAAAGUGACAACGAAAGCCGAUGUGUUCAGCUUCGGGAUCAUAAUGAUGGAGCUAAUGACGAAACAGAGGCCGACUUCGCUUAGCGAUAAAGAAACAGAAGGGAUGACUCUGCGUGAAUUGGUGGAGAAAUCGAUUGGAGAAGGAACAGAAGGGAUCAGUAGGGUUCUUGAUUCGGAACUUGGGGAUAGUAUCGUUUCACGGAAACAGGAAGAAGCCAUUGAAGAUCUGUUGAAGCUUUGUCUGUUCUGUACGAGCUCUAGACCUGAAGAUCGACCUGAUAUGAAUGAGAUUCUUACACAUCUGAUGAAACUCAGAGGAAAGACGAUCUCAGUUAAUGAUGAUCCAGAAGUUUAGCAGCAAGCUACGAGUAGUUGAAGUUGAAGCAAUUGGAAUUUUCUUUCUAUUUUUAAGAAAAUGUAAAAUGUAUAACCAUUCUGAUUUUACUAUUUUAUGUACUUUUUUCUUUUUCGUUUUUAAGAGAUCAAGUAAUCUGGAGUGGAUUUAAUCUCAGUGUUACUGUUACCGUCUUCGGUGGUGUUGUUUGUAGCUUCCUGUUGAUUCGAUUUUGUUUAGCAUCGUAUAGUUGAAGUAUUUACAAAUGUGUGAGA